CUAAAAAUGUUCCGUGUCACAGGUGAAAAAAUUUAUAAAAGGCCAACGGUUAGAAUACCGUUUUCUCCCUUUCUUUUGUUGUUGUUGGAAAGUGAGGAGUUUAUUGGAGGAGAUAACAUAGGCGAAAAAAUCGCCAGGAAUUAGUUGAAUCAAUUCCUGGGUUUUCCAUUUAAGUUCUCAGGCCUCUGACGUUGCUCCUUGAUUCUUUCCCUCUGGUAAGAAUCCACUCUCGAUCGCUACCAUUCAUAAUUCAACCUUUCCUACGAGAGAUUCGUUCAGUGUCCAUCACCCUAAUUUGUUCAUACAUUUUAUACGACAGACAGCACCUGAAUUUCCUCGUAGGCAUGGCGUUUUUUCCAUAAAAAAUACGUUUUUUCUCUUCUUUUUCGUUUUUUAUUUUCAUCUAUUUGGGUCUUUUCGAUCACUUUGAUUGGAAGACCUUUUUUUUUUUUUUUCUUUCUUCUUCUUCUUCUUCGUUGUAGAUGGGUUCCUUCCGCUAACGUUAGCGUUAACAACUCAAGCGAGAAGGACUUGAGUUUAGGGGAAAAGGUAAAUAAACAUAAACUGUUAAACCAACAACCUUGAAAGAUGUCGGCUGAUGUUGCUGUGAGACCGGCUCUGCAAGAAUCGGUGCAAUGGCAAGGGCAUUGCCCCGGCGAAUCUAUCCUUAUAUAUAUAACCGUCGACGGUGCUGUGACGCCGAUGCGUGUGUCGGAGUCUGAUUCGAUUGCUUCUGUGAAAAUGAGGAUUCAGACAUGCCAAGGAAUUCCGGGGAAAAAGCACAAGCUGGUCCAUGAUGGCAGAGAGCUUGCACGCAAGGAUGCACUCAUCAAGGACUACGGUGUCACUGCCAGCAAUGUUCUUCACUUGGUUCUCCGUCUCUCUGACAUGGUCUUCAUUGUUGUGAGGACCACCGGUGGGAAGGAGUUUGAGUUUCAGAUUGAUCGACAUAGAAAUGUGGGGUACCUUAAGCAACGGAUUAAGAAGAAGGGGAAAGAUUUCAUCGAUCUCGAGGGUUGUCAAGAUCUUUUCUGCGACGGAGAAGAGCUCCAAGACCAGAGCCUCUUCCGUGACUUCUGCAACGCUGAUAAUGGUGUGAUUCAUUUGGUAGCUCAGAAAUCAGCAAAGGUUGAUGCCAAACCGGUUCACAAGGAUUUGGAGCUUUCGGUUGUUGCUGAUGACUCGGAUGUGGGGGGGAAUCAGGUGACGCAAAAGACAGAACCACCAAGUGGAGAUUUCUGGUUGGAACCAGCUUUUGUGAAUCCUAAUGUCAAUUUUUUUCCUUUCCUUUGGGACAUCAUUGGCUCCACAUUCAAUGGUUUGAAACAAAGGAAUCACCCUAUCAGGUCCUCCGAGGGCUCUGGUGGGACUUACUUCAUGCAGGAUUCAACAGGUAUGGAGUAUGUUUCGGUUUUCAAGCCCAUUGAUGAGGAGCCAAAUGCGGUGAAUAACCCACAAGGCCUACCAGUUUCAUCCAAUGGUGAAGGUUUGAAAAUAGGGACAAGGGUGGGAGAAGGAGCGAUGAGAGAAGUUGCAGCAUAUAUAUUGGAUCAUCCAAGGUCUGGACCAAGGUUGGUGUCUGGAGAAGCAAUAGGCUUUGCCGGGGUUCCCCCAACUGUUAUGGUCCAGUGCUUACACCAACAAUUUAACCAUCCAGACGGGUUUGAGUGCUCCCCAAAGCAUUCAAAGGUGGGUUCAUUGCAGGCUUUCAUGAAGAAUGAUGGUAACUGUGAGGACCUUGGUCCAAGGUAUUUUUCUGUGGAGGAGGUGCAUAAGAUCACCGUGCUCGAUCUCAGAAUGGCUAAUGCAGAUAGACAUGCUGGGAAUAUAUUAUUCAGGAAAGAUUCUGAUGGCCGCAUCACCCUCAUUCCCAUUGAUCAUGGCUACUGUCUUCCAGAGAAAUUUGAGGAUUGCACAUUUGAUUGGCUUUACUGGCCACAAGCACGACAACCUUAUUCUCCUGACACAGUUCAUUAUAUAAAAUCUCUGAAUGCUGAGAAAGAUAUAGAGCUUCUGAAAUAUUAUGGGUGGGAUGUUCCGGUAGAGUGUGCUCGAACACUCCGCAUCUCCACAAUAUUAUUGAAGAAAGGGGUUGAGAGAGGUCUCAGUCCCUAUGACAUUGGAAGCAUUAUGUGUAGGGAAAAUAUGAACAAGAAAUCUGUAAUCGAGGAGAUUAUUUGUGAAGCUCAGGAAUCAAUGGAACCUGGUAUGGGGGAAUCUGUGUUUCUUGAAUUUGUCUCCCAGAUCAUGGAUUCUCGCCUUGACAAGCUUUCAAAAUAGACUCUCUCGGAUUCAUAGUUAUAUAAUGUAAUAACAAUAAAUAUAUUUGCAUCAUCAUAACUGUGUAUGCACUCCAUAUUUGGAUGUGACUCGGGUGUUCUGGUCAUAUAGGUCUCAACUGAACCUCUUUCUCAUCUCCUCUCAUCCCUUUUUCACUACUUGUAUUGACCUUUUGCAGAGGUUGAAGGGUCUCAAUAACAUGUAUUCUAUUCAAAUUUCAUAUAUUCUAGGUUUCUGCGAGGGUUAACAGAAGUUGCAUGACUUGUGUACAUAGUUGUAAUAUGUUAGCAUAUUUUACUUUUCAAAAAUAUGCUUCAUUUUUGUCAUAUUUUAGUUAUGAACCAGACAUCCUACUGUCUGAAGUUGCCUUUGCCAUA